UCAUGUUUUUUAUACUUCUGUGUAUUGAUGAGUAAUACUGAUUGGCUUGUCUUUAUCCUGUUUUAUCGACAUCUUAUUUUUUGUAGAAUACACCGACUGGUUUAUCCGCUUUGGCAUCAGAAUCGGAGAUUCCCAAUUGACCAAUCAAAUAUUGAUCAAAGACGAAUAAUGCAUACUUAUCCUUGCCAUUGCGUUGUUAAUUAUACUUUACACUUACGAAGUUACUGUUAUGAUGAACACAUUCUAAAUUGCAUACUAUCAUCACAAGUUAACAGAUGUACAAAACUCUGUUGAGAUGUUAUCAUUUAACUCUUACAAUUCGUGUGUAAUUAAUGAUUGUUAGUUGUUUGAUCAAAUCCAGCUAAACAUACUAGAUUGAGAAAACUGCAAAGUCGAUAUCUUCGAUAAUCCCAGACUGUUAAGAUCACUCCCCACCUUCAUCUUCCAUGCGCUUUCUUAUCGUUUUUUAUACUUUUUUUUUACCAAUCAUCUUAUUUCAUUCUUUGUAACAUUAGGAGGGAGAUGAAAUAUGUGAGAGAGACGCAGAUUCCAUCGUCGUUAAUCGUCACAGCAGCUUAUUUCCGUCGUCAAAUGACGUGACGUCGAAUACUCGAUCUUCAUGUGUCUUUCAUGCGUUUUUCUUUAGUGAUGAAUUUUUAUUUCGGCUUGGUUGUGAUUUUCGUAAUCCUUGAUGUGGUUUCCGUCUGGUCCACCGAUAAUGGCACUUCGAAGAAGAAAGUUCAACUGAGUUCCGGCAUUGCAACAAAUCCUUUUCUCCAAAUGUCCAACCUAAAUCUUCCCAAUAUUCAAAACAAUGAUUUCCUGACAAACUUUCCAUCAAAUGGUAAGAUAAUUGGAAACCCAUUCUUGUCAAAUGCUGUUACAACACAGGCAUCCAAUAAUAACUAUAAUCCCUUUCCUAAUAGUAAUGCGAAUCCUUUCCUGACAAACUUUCGUAAUUCUAAUAGAGAAAUAAAUAAUCCAAGGGUUGAGAUAGAGCCUCCUAGUUCGCCAAGCCCUGUUUCGCAAACACCUUACACACCACUACCAUCCUAUCAUACAUCAACAUUUAAUACACCAGUAUUUAAUACAUUAACACCGAAUAAUGAUUUUACAUUUCAUACGCCUACUCCUAAAAUUCAUCCUCCAACUUCACACGUACCAUCCUGGAAGGAACUGUUACCUUCUAAGAUCAGUCCAAAAAAAACGAUAUCAGAACUUAAAUGCGAAGAAUACGUGGGAGAAAUUGCGGGUAAAACCUUGAUAACGUCCCUGGCCGGUUCAUCGUCGGGCGUACAUGAAGUGAUUAAUAGUUGCGAGAAUGUAAAUCGCUUGGUGGUUGGUGGUACAGAGGCACAUGUCGACGAGUUCCCUCACAUGGUUGCACUAGGCAAAUACAAUUCUGACGAAUUUAUUCUGAUGUGCGGCGGCACGCUGAUUUCACAUGCCUGGGUGAUUUCCGCUGCUCAUUGCACUCAUGGGACAGAUGGCGGUAUAACUGACGCAAGGAUUGGCUUCCACAGUUUAUCAGACCAAAAAGGCGUCAUAACUGUCAUUAAAGAUAUAAAAACUCAUCCGGAUUACAGACCACCUGCGAUGUAUGCGGAUAUAGCUCUGGUACAGCUCAUGACCGUUGUUACAUUUAGUAAAUCUAUACGACCCGCUUGUCUUUAUCAAUUAUUUGAUACCAUGCCUAGACAGGCUUGGGUGAGCGGCUGGGGUGUUACCAAAUAUAGCGGAGAGGUGAGCGAUCGAUUACAAAAGGCUAAGCUGGAUGUGGUAGAUAAUCUGCCAUGUACAAUACAGCAUAACAGUUCCACAGAAGUUCCGUACGGUAUCACACCAAGUAUGAUUUGUGCUGGUGAUCCUAGCGGUAACUGGACCAAGGACACUUGCCAAGGAGAUUCUGGUGGUCCUCUUCAAAUAGUUCAUCCUAAGAGUGAAUGCCUCUUCCAACUGAUUGGUAUUACUAGUUUUGGUAUAGCCUGCGCAAUGAUUGAUAUUCCCGGUGUUUAUACUAGAGUGUCCCAUUAUCUUUCGUGGAUCGAAGGUAUAGUCUGGCCACAAGGACAAUAAUCACAAUUUAUUCGACUUUUACGAAAGCGAAAGAAAUUAUGAAUACAGUUGACCAGUCUGCAAUUCUGACUAGAAUAUUGAAAAGUAAGAAUAGAGAAAUCACAAG